UUACUAACCCACCGACAACCCAGUCAUAUCUUCUCCCGUCGAGUAACUUCAGUGCCCACACUGCACAUCUCUCUGUCUCUCCCUCCUCGCUUCAGUUUCUCGUACCUUUGCACCACCACCGGGGGUUCCGCCGGAACGCUCGCCGAAGGAAGAGCGCCAUGGCCCGCGUGGUGGUUGAAGGGAUGCCGGAGACGGCCGCCGGAGGAGGUGUGAUGCUGAACCGACGGAGGAGCAAAGCCAGGCGGAGAAAGCGAAAGGAGUUGUUCGCCUUCCAGAUGUGCUUCGCGGGGGUACUGCUGGGUCUCGUCGUAGGGCUCCAGUCCGUGGCACAGAAAGCAGGAUAUCACGUUUCCAGCUCCGUGGUCGAGGAGGGGGCAAAGUGGGAGAGUCGUCACCUUCUACAAGAAGUCUACGACAACGAGUCCAAGCUGUACUCUGAACCUGAAAAAAACUGCACUGAACCAGCAAUCCAUGAGUUCCCCAGGGAUUACUUCACCAACCAGGAGCGCGUUGAUGGAGCAGUGGGCCUGCACGUCCUCUGUGCAGUCUACAUGUUCUAUGCACUGGCCUUGGUGUGUGACGACUACUUUGUGCCCUCACUAGAGAAGCUAUGUGAGCGUCUUCAACUGAGUGAAGAUGUUGCAGGAGCGACCUUCAUGGCAGCAGGCAGUUCAGCUCCUGAACUGUUCACUUCUGUCAUUGGAGUUUUCAUCACUAAAGGUGACGUCGGGGUCGGGACCAUCGUGGGCUCGGCCGUCUUCAACAUCCUCUGCAUUAUUGGAGUAUGUGGGAUAUUCGCCGUACAGACAAUACGUCUCUCCUGCUGGCCUCUGCUCAGAGACUCUCUCUACUACACCCUCUCCAUCUCUGCUCUUAUAGUGUUCAUAUAUGACGAAAAAGUUGUUUGGUGGGAAGCUCUCACGUUGAUCCUGAUGUAUUUCGUCUACAUUUUGAUCAUGAAGAUGAACUCCCAUGUUGUUCGGUUUCUGGAGAGGCGGAAAAAGAACUCGUCCACUUUGAGGAACGGAGCGGCCAAUAACGCUGAACUAGACGAUGGCUGUGAUGCUACCGCUGUUCUACUGAAGAAAGCAAACCACCACAGGAAGCCGUCGGUGCUGAUGGUGGACGAGCUGCUGUCAGCAUACCCCCACCAGCUGUCUUUCUCCGAGGCCGGCAUGAGGAUCAUGAUCACCAGCCACUUCUCCCCAAGAACCCGCCUCACCAUGGCCUCACGAAUGCUCAUCACCGAGAGGCAGCGUCUCAUCAACACACGGACUUUGACCAACGGUGACUCGGAUGUUCCAGUCAAAGGAGGAAGUAGGCGUGGCAUAGAAAAUGGGCUGUCCGGGGCCGAGAGGGGUGUCAGUGUUCGCCAUGACGAUCGAGAGGCGGGCAACGAGACGGAGACCGAGGACAAUGAGAACAACGAGAAUGACGAAGAGGAAGAAGAAGAGGACAGAGAGGGACCGCUUGUACCCUUCCAGUGUCCAGCCGGUGUGUGUAAUAAGCUGAAGUGGCUUCUGGCCUGGCCUCUGUGCCUGCUGCUGUACUUCACCGUCCCCAACUGCUCCACACCUCGCUGGGACAACUGGUUCAUGCUGUCCUUCUUUGCCUCCACCCUGUGGAUCGCGGGUUUCUCCUACAUCAUGGUCUGGAUGGUAACAGUGAUAGGUUUCACACUUGGUAUCCCAGAUGUCAUCAUGGGCAUCACCUUCCUGGCAGCCGGCACCAGCGUCCCUGACUGCAUGGCCAGCCUAAUAGUGGCACGACAAGGAAUGGGAGACAUGGCAGUGUCCAACUCCAUUGGCAGUAACGUGUUUGACAUCUUGGUGGGGCUUGGUCUCCCCUGGGCCCUGAAGACUCUGGCAAUCAACUAUGGCUCUGAUAUCAAACUAAACAGCAAAGGACUGAUAUUCUCUGUUGGGCUCCUGCUGGCGUCUGUGUUUAUGACUGUCCUCGGAGUUCACCUAAACAAGUGGACGUUGGACAAGCGUCUGGGUUUCGCGUGUCUCUUCUUCUAUUCCGUCUUCCUGUGUUUCUCCUGCCUCAUCGAGUACAACAUCUUCACCUUUGUCAACCUGCCGACCUGCAGAGACGACUGAGACACACACACACACACACACACACACACACACACACACACACAAACACAACACACACAAACACACUCGCACACUAGAAGUGGUGUUUGCAAGGAAUUCCAAGUAAAGUGAAGUAUUAAACAACAGAAACAGAACCAGUAUAGUUCUAAAUUUAGCAAGUAAGAAUUAUUUGCAAAUACCAUUUGACACUGGUCCGAUUCACACACUCAUUUUAUCUCUUUUGUGAGAAGAGAUCCCACUCUGCUCUUUUUUUCCUUUCUUUUUUUUUAUUACGUCUUUCUGCUCAGUGCAAUAUGGAGCUGCUCUGGCGUUUGCUCACACCCAGAGCUUGGGAUUGAUUUCAGGAGCAGGGAUGGAAAUGACUGACUCUUUAGAAGCCCUCACACAGGACAGCGCCGAGGACAGCAACCACGGAAAAGCAAAAAAAAAAAAAAAACUUGUCCGACUACUGCUUGCUUCUGUCGUGAGGACCUUUAUUUUGAAACUCCCCAUAUUUUAGGUGUGAAAGUUGUAAUGUUCACUAGCUGCUAUCCUUUCCAGUGAGGAAAGGCGGGUCUUUUUUUAGAUCUACUAGUCGAGAGUAAUAAUGAUAAAAGCAAUGAUGUAAAUGGGUGGGAGGGUGUAGUUUAGCGCUGUGGUACAGAUGAUGACAAUUUUGUCGAGUUGUUUAAACAGAGUUAGGGCCACAAGUUGAAGUCUUUAUGCAGAUGAGGACAUUUUACGAACUCCAUUAUCUUAUUGCUAUUUAUAUUUAAUUAUGUGGCUGUUGAACGCGUUUUCCAAUUACACUGUAAAGCUAUUAGUUAUUUCAACAAAUACAUUACAAAUUUAAGUUGCUUGAUUAAGCAGCUUUUACUAGUAAUUUUAAGUGGCAGUUACCGAAACAUUCCUGAUUGAGUACUCUUUACUGGGUAUUCUGUCUUCACAGUACAAAUAAAAAUUACAAAAUUAAGUCAGUGUCACUUAAAAUGACUAAAGCCACUUAAUCAAGAAGGUUUUUGUGACAUACAAACUUGAGUUAGUUUUACUUAAAAUUUUUGAUGUAAUCAGUUUCAACAAUUUAAAGUUAGAUGAACCUUUUACAGUGUACGAUAUUCAGAAUAUUUUCAGACUUACCCCCUCCUCCCCCCACCACACACACACACACACACACACACACACACACACUUACAGAACCAGGGCAUUAUCCAGUCACAUUUUUAUAAAUUAAGUCAAUAGCAUCACAGCUGUAGCUUCUGUGUUUUGUACUGGAAACUAGCUUCAUGUUAGCUUUAUGGAGAGUCCUUUUGUAAAUAGCACGCCUCUGUAAAUACCCCCAGAUGUCAUAUUUAUUAUUUAUUCAUGUCACACGCACAUUUCUCCUCUGGAGGUCACACAGUGUCCAGGGCAGGUUUUAUUUAUGGACCCUGGGUUGCUGAAAUCCACACCUAGCAUCUUUUCCGACGACCACUCGUGUACAAACAAGCACAAUUUCCUCCGAAGGUCGAUUUCGUUUUGACAACUUGAUUUAGUUCCGCGGUGUGUUUGGAUGUUAAAAAAACGAAUUUGAACUUGCACUGAAGAGCUUAAAUUAGCUUCACAGGGAGACCAUAACUGCCCCCCCCCCCCCCACCCCCUUCCUAAGGCGUGCUGAUUAUAAGGAAGUUAUCCUUGUAAAAUGAAGCAGGUUUGUGUGAGAUUAAUCUUAUCGAGGUUUUAAAGGAGCAGAUGUUGUGUUGUGUUUUCGGGGCAUCGUUGUGGUGCGAUGAACUGCUGCUUUUCCUCUUCUCAAAGACAACGACCAAAUAGACUCAACAACAGUGGCGGCAUUAUUUAAGACGACAGCCGAGCAAGUCGGACGAGGUACUCUGUGGUGGGUGGUAGUCCUGCUUCACUCCUGGUCCCAAAGAGGAGGCGAGGUAUUUAAGUGGUAGUGUGUUAGGAGUAGAGUAAAGAUGCAAUAUAAAGCAUCAGGACUUUUAUCCCAGCUCUAAUACUAAGGCUGGGGUAUCAACUUUAUUUUUAUCCAGGAGUUCUUUGUAUUUUGUAAUGCCUAAUGUCUAGAUUUGUCCAGGUAUGGUAGGUUUGUGGUACAUAAAUAUUCCUACUAGUUUUUAGAGCAUGUACAAUGUGGUUGUGAAACCCUACAGGGGAUUUUUAUUCCACUCCAGAAGCGAAGUCACACUAUAUCCUCAAAGACUUCCAUCACUGCAGAAGUGAACACUCGUCUGUCAGAGCCUGUUGAUUCUUAUUGUAUCCAUAAAAAUGUCCGCUUUUCUUCUCCGCAUAGGUUCGUUUGAAAUGUCAAAUGCCCUGCUCAUUUUUUUAUUUUCUCAUUGAGGGAAGGCAAUUGCUAGCAUAAAGUCUGAUUUGUUUCUGGUUUAUUUGAUUGAACGGGAAUAUCAAAUCUGAGAAAUGUUGUCUUUCGAAUGUGAAAAAUGAAUUGUUAAUUGUUGUUCUUUGUUUAUAUAUCAUACGUAUUAUUUAUUUCAGUAACACAGAGUACUCUGUGUUAUGACCGGAAAACAGGGUUUAAAUGUGUUUUGAAUCUAAUGUAAUGCAAUAACUAUGAGCUUACAAAUCUGUAAAUAUGCCGCUUUAAUGAUCAAAGACAAAUUUAUAAUAGUUUAAAGAGAUGUAUUCAAAUUGUAAAUGCUGUCUGUCAAUAUGUGACACUGUAACAGCUUGUCAUUCUUUAUGAAAUCAUUCAUUAAUGACUAUACAAUCAAUCAAAACAGGACUGUUAACAUACGGAGCCCUACAGCUGUAAUCAUCAUCACGGCCAGUUCUGCCACACAGCGUACUCAAUUUACUAUUAAUCUGGUUUGUUUAAAUCAUUGUCAGAUACUGUAGAUUCUGCUUAUAAAGUCUGCUUGAAGGGAGACCUUGAUGGUUAGAAUCUGAGGAAUUCAUUCUCUUUAUCAUAAAGACGUCAUAUCAGGGUAGAAAUGUUACUGCACCUCAGUUAAAGAUUUAUUUUAUAGGUCCCAAUAUUUCCUAAUAGUUUCUUUAAAAGUUUCCCUGAAAGAACUAAUGUAGUGUGAUGGUAAUUGACUAAGUCCCGCCCCUCUUUGCUCUGUGAUCCAAUAACAUUUGAUUAAGCCUUGGUCAACUUAGAUAUGCUAUGUGCUAGGCUCCUUAUCUUAAAUUAAAUAAUGUUAGCAAAAUGCUAGCUAACUAAUGAUUCCUGUAAAUUAGCUCGCUAGUUUGCUAGCAUUUUGCUAACAUUAGCUUUCAGAUGUAACUAGCUAGCUAAUGAUUUAAUGUAGAUUAGCCAGCUGGUUAGCUAGUGUUUUGCUUUGUAGCAAAAUGCAGGAAACGAGAAAGUUGACGAAGGCUUGCUCAACUGUUAUUGGACUACAGAGCAAAAAGGGGCGGGACUUAGAAAGGCUCAAUUAUGUGAAAGAAUAUUCUGAAUAAGUAUAUAAGUACACAAUUUAUGUAAAAGACAGGAAAUGGUGACUGACUUCCAGAGGAAACCCACUGUAUGGAAGCCCACUUCCACCAGAAAAAGAAAAACAAAAAGAUUAUGUUAGGAGUGACAAAAUAAUCAUGGUUAUCUUAUUAUUAUUAUUAUUAUUAUUAUUAAUAAUUGGAUUUUACUUGGUCAACAUUAUAUGGUUGUAUGUCAAAAUUAUGAAAACGCAACUCGAAAUUCUGAUGUUAAAUCACAAUUAUGAGAUGCUUGCUCAAAAUUUUAACUUUUAAGUCAAAAUCAUGAGAUGCCAAGUCACAAUUAUGAGAAUGUAAGUUUUGUUGUUUUCUUUAUUUUACCCUUUAAGUCAAAUGUUGGACUAUAAAUAUCUCUGACUUAGUAUCUCUUAAUUUAGACUUACUAUCAUAAUCAAGACAGAGUAAAAUCACACAUACAUACAUUUUUGAUUUUCAGAAUUUUGACUUUCUAUCUAAAAAACAUUUUAUAUUGUUUAUAUUUGUCAUUCCUGACAUUUCUUUCUUUUCCUGGCAGAAAUAGGCUUUCAGAAUUUUAAGAGAGAACUUCUAAUAUCUUUAUGUAAAACUGGCCAGAUCCAUUAAACCCAUAAUGAAUAUUUUUUUAUAAUUGGAACUUAAUUCAUCACAUAUUUUAAUUGGGUGCUUGCCUAUAGACACAUUUUAUAUAUCUGCAUAUUCACCUGACCUGCUGUGCACUGACUUGAAGACUCUUUCGGUUAAAAUAGCAAUUAUUGAUUGGAAGUCUACCAACUGCGCACUGUCUGUGUUUUAAUUAUAGUUGUUCCAGAUCAAUCACAGUUUCCAGGAGCCUUCCUAAGAAUUUACACUAGCAUAUCAGUUUCUUUCUAGGAAUUUUCUAGGAAGCCAUUGGACCAAUUAAAUAAGGUGCUAACCAAUAUUUUUUUUAUUUCUCCCAAAUCCCAAAAUGCUGAUGACUGUUCCAAGUUUAGUUGCAAAACAUCAACAGUUAGUCAUUUUAAUUAAACUUAAUUAAGUGGAUCUCUGAAUAUGUGUAUUGUAGCAUUCCUGGCUAAAACCAGUAUCUGUCACUAGCCCCAAGUUCUUUUGUUGGUAGGGUGACUAAGAUACAGAUAUUUACUUGACUUUAUGUCACACACUAUGUUGGCAGUUGGAGAAAAAUAACUUAUAUAUUCAUAUAUCGUCCUUUAAUGUUUAGAAGUGUUACCAGUAUCUUUAUAGCCCAGGGCAUUCUUUCAGUUUAUCAUAUAUAUCAGAAAAUAUCUGUAUCAUGCACUUUACCAUUUAACAACUGAUUCUACAGAUUAUGGUUUAAUACAUUCUGUGCUGCUAUUCACUGCAUGUACCUAACACCUAAACUUAGGGUACCAUGUCUUUAAAACUAACCAAACUACCACAAAGACGCUCACAUUUUGAAAAGAAGCGUCUUGUAGAGGAGAUUUCUAAAUAAUUUGUGAUAUUCACAUGGGUGAUAUUGCUGAUGUACAUAUGUACAAAGAUAGGUGUAAAUGUAUUUAUAUAUUUUUUGUCUCAAUCUGUAUAUCUGUUGAAUAUAUUUUCAUAGAUCCUAGGUCUCCCUUGUAAUCCCCUUUGUUUUGAUGUGUUUGAGACCUCUGAAGCUAUUGUCCUUUGUUUACUUGCAUGGAGAUAUUUCAAUAUAAUAAAUUAUUUAUGGUAAAUCUUAAUGUACUUUGGGAUGAGAGUCCAAUGAGUUUUUAGAUGGCACUGGAUUUAGUUUGAACUGGAUAUCCUAGAUGACUGCAUGCUUGUUGCUAGUAUAGGAUAUAAGAGAUGGAGAGUGAGAGCGUUUGCAGACGAUACGUUUGUCUACGUGUCUAAGCUUUACCUCUUCCUACACAAGAAACUUCUCAACAGAAUGGUUUACUUUGUGUUUAGAUGUUUCAAAUGUAAUUUUAGAGAUAAUUUUGCUACCUGAGCAUUAAUAAAGUUGUCUUUGCUUAAGGUAACACAA